AUGAACACAUCCCAGAAAGUCAAGAUGUCGCAACAGUCUAGAUCAUCGUCUGUUAGCUCCGAAGAGUCCAUGGAGCCAUUCCUGGCCUUUAUCGAAAAAGCCCGGCUAAAGUGCCCCUCGCCUCCCCCCGACGCCGCCACCGCCGCCACCACCACCACCAACGAGGGCCCCGUGCUGGACAGCCAGAGCACGACGGCAGACAAGUUCGAGGCACUGUCUGCUGCAGUUAUGUUGCAGAGAGAGGAUCUCCACCACCUCCUCCGAGAUGCCCAAGGCAAGGCCCCUGAGGAGGAGAAACCUACAAGCUCGGCCACAGCUCCGGGCCCAGACCAGGGCGAGCUCGUCGACAAGCUCAAGGCCGAGAUCAAGCAGCUGAGAAAUGCGCUCAACGUCGCCCAGUGGCAACUACGAGAAGCAGGCCGAGUUCAGACCGAGGCACCAAAUACCUUUGAGGCUACGAUGACCGAGGUAAUCGAGGCAGUCAAUGACAAGUGGGAGGACUACAACUCCCUUUCAUCCGUCACAGACCCGGCCAAAGUGAUCGAGGACCUGCGAAAGAGAAACAAGGAGCUCGAGGAGGAAAACAAGAACCUCGACAGGAACGGCUUCAUGCCCAAGCGGAUGCACGAUCUCGUCAACAAGGUCAAGGCACUCAGGGAGAGAAACUCGGAGCUCAAGGACAAGCUCAAGAAGAACGAGAUGGCAAAAGCAGAUGUCGACAAGAUCGCCGAGCUCGAGGCAGAGAUCACAAAGAUCACCAGAGAGAAAGCAGAGCUUUUCAGCAAGCAGAAGAGCAUAUUUCACCUGUGCAAAGUGCUCAAAGAGAAUCAGGGUCACAAAGGUGACCUGCCUGAGUACAAGCUGAAUGACAUCGUCUUUAACAUGUUUGAGGACUUUCUCAUGCAGAAGAUUGCUCAGUACAAAUAA